AUGAAGCUGUUUGAACAGGAGCAUGUGUAUCAGUACGACUGGGGAACCGUCACGUCGGCCUUCCUGCAGAAGUACCCGAACAACGUGCAGAGUCACAUAAAGAGAAUUGACGUGGUUGACAGAUGCAUUGACUCGAAGGAGCAGACCCUCAGGAUGAGGAGGAUCGUCCAGCUGCAGUACUGCAUUCCGAAGCUCUUCCAAAAUGUGCUCAACAUCGACGGAGGAGGCGUAGGAAUAGAAGACAUAAAUAUUAACCUGAGGGAAAAAAAAUUAACAGUGAGAACAGCCAAUUACACGCUGACUCCUUUUGUGAACCUCACGGAGAAGUGUGUGUAUGUGCAGAAGCACGACGAUGAUAAUAAAACGCUGUACAAGCAGACCACCACGCUGGACAUUAACGGAUUUGGUUACAUGAAGAGUUUCCUGGAGCGGGCCAUAUUAAACACGGUGCGCGACAAGAGCAAACAAGGAAUUAACAUCAUGAACGACACCAUCAGGAGAAUGCUCAAUGAUAGCGCUCACGUGGAGGCAGUGAAGACAGGAAACAAGUAG